AUGACAAACCACACAGUAACAAUGUUUGUCCUACUGGGACUGACUGAUGACCCACAACUGAAGACUGUGAUUUUCAUCUUUCUGUUUCUCACCUACAUCUUGAGUGUACUUGGGAACCUCACAAUCAUUUCCCUCACCUUGAUGGAUUCACACCUAAAAACAGCCAUGUACUUUUUCCUUCAAAAUUUCUCCUUCUUAGAAAUCUCAUUUACAACUGCCUGCAUUCCCAAAUACUUAUACAAUAUAUCGACAGGUGACAAGACAAUUACAUAUAAUAACUGUGUCACUCAAAUUUUUUUUACUGAUCUUCUUGGUGUGACUGAAUUUUUUCUCCUGGCUAUCAUGUCCUACGACCGAUACAUAGCCAUCUGCAAACCCCUGCAUUAUGUCACCAUCAUGAACAGCAGUGUUUGUAGAAGACUCAUUCUCUGUUGCUGGACAGCUGGCAUGUUGGUGAUCCUCCCUCCACUUAGCCUGGGCCUCAAUCUGGAAUUCUGUGACUCUAAUGUCAUUGACCACUUUGUCUGUGAUGCAUCCCCGCUUCUAAAGAUCUCAUGCACAGAAACGUGGCUUAUAGAGCAGAGUGGCCUUCUGUGUGCAUUGCAC